AUGAGCACAACAGUAAUAGUUGGAUCUGGUAUCAUAGGCCUUUCGAUUGCGUAUUAUCUGGCAGACCACCAACCAGGCUCAACAAUACACCUCGUCGACCCUUCACCAGAGCUCUUUGCCUCAGCGUCGGGGUACGCGGGUGGCUUUCUCGCGAGGGACUGGUUCCCGCUCGAAUACGCCGCCCUCGGAGUGUUGAGUUUUGACGAGCACAAGAAGCUCGCAGAGGAGAACGGUGGCAGAGAGAAAUGGGGGUGGUCGACAAGCACGGCUUUUAGCCACUCGGCAGCACCCGUGAAGAAGAGCAAGAAAGACACCGACUGGUUGCGGGACGGCGGGAGCAGAGCUGAAGUUAUCGAAGCCGCUGAGUCUCCAACUAACGGGCCUCCGUGGUUGAGAAGGGAGCAUGGCGAUGAUGUGCAGCUGAUUGGGGGUUCGGAAAGUACGGGUCAAGUGGAUCCCCUCCGUCUCUGCCACUUCCUCCUCCAAGAAUGCAGAUCCGCCCGCGUCCACCUCCACCACCCAGCCACAGUUCUCUCCGUCCGCACCGACCUGCGCGACGAGCUCUCGUCGGUCCGCAUAGGGGAAACGACAUCCUCCACAGAGACCGACGUCCCCUGUACGCGCCUCGUCGUCGCCGCCGGCGCCUGGUCACCUCGUGUCUUCUCACAGCUCUUCCCUGGCACGUCACUAGAGGUGCCCAUCUCCAGCCUGGCGGGACACUCGCUCGUGGUCAAGACCCUCCUUCCGGAAUCAAGUGAUGCCCAGCAACAGCAGACGGCCUGCCACGCAAUCUUCAGCACAGACGGCGCCGGGUUCUCACCGGAGCUGUUCUCGAGGGUCGGCGGACACGUCUACAUCGCCGGCGUGAACUCGCCAUCGAUGCCCAUCCCGCCUCUACCCGGUCAAGCACCCAUCUCUGCUGAUGCAAUUGCGAAACUCAAGAGCACGGCGGCACGUAUCAUCGCCAAUAACAGCGAAACGGACUUGGAAGUCGUCCGGGAGGGGCUAUGUUUCCGCCCGGUGACGGACUCGGGCGCUCCCAUCUUGACUCGGGUGCCGGACGGCCGGCUCGGGGGAGUUGCGACGCGCACCGGCGCCGAGGGCGGGGUGUAUCUCGCGGCGGGGCAUGGUCCUUGGGGCAUCAGUCUAUGCCUUGGGACGGGGAAGGUGAUGGCGGAACUUAUGCAGGGGCGGAAGCUGAGCGCCGACAUAUCCAGGCUUGCCUUGACAUGA